CACCCAACACUUACUACAAAUAUAGCCGUGAUGCGUAGGCCACAAAAUGGCUCCACUCACUUUUCCCAAUGAAAAGCAAAUGCGGUUUCUUCGGGGAGCCCGACUCCUUCUCCAUGUACGGCGGCAACCGCGUCAAGAGGAGACCGUCCCCGUACGAGAUGGAGAUCACGGACGGUCCUCAUACAAAAGUGGUUCGACGCAUUUUUACCAAUAGCCGAGAGAGGUGGAGACAGCAGAAUGUCAAUGGAGCCUUUGCAGAGCUUCGCAAGCUCAUCCCAACUCACCCACCCGACAAAAAACUGAGCAAGAAUGAGAUUUUACGCCUGGCUAUGAAAUACAUCAACUUCCUGGCCAAGCUGCUCAAUGACCAGGAGGAAGAGGGAAACCAAAGGGGCAAGGUGAACAAAGACUCUGGGAUAGUCCAGGAAGACCUCCUGCAGGACAUGUUGUCUCCUAACUCUAGCUGUGGAAGUUCUUUAGAUGGAGCAGCAAGCCCAGACAGCUUCACAGAAGAACACGAAACACUAGAUUCAAAGCACACACGGAACCUGCAUCACUCUAUUCUUCCUGUAGAAGGCAACGCGCAGCGAUGAUGACCUUCCACACUGCUCCUGAAGCACGAAGGGGAAAGGAA